AUGAGCUCUACAAUGGACAGGCCACUGUGUCCGACGUAUUCACCGGAGCAGCUCAGCCGGUAUUUUGAUAAACUCAAUCUUCCUUCCAAGCUGCGCCGCGAAGUAUGGGAUAUCGCGUUGCUGGCAUCUAAAAAGGGUACAAGUACCUAUAAGACCCUCGUCUUGUCGCAGCUGCAAGCAUUACAACGCUAUCAUUUGGCGGCUCUGCCCUUCGAGAACCUGGAUUUACAUUACUCAUUCCACCGAAGUAUCUCUAUUGCUCCUACGACUGUGUUCGAGAAAAUUGUUGGCUCGACUUCUCGUCGGGGCGGAUACAGCCUGGAGAACAACACUCUUUUUGGAGCGGUAUUGCAAAGCCUUGGAUGCAAUAUCAUCUCAGUCGGAGGCCGAGUGAACGAAGCUACACAGCCAACGUCUGGAUCGAAACAGCGGAAAGCUUCUAAAUAUAAUGGAUGGAGCCACAUGGUCAAUAUUGUUAUCAUCGAAGGUCAGAAGUACCUGGUAGACGUAGGCUUCGGCUCGAACGGGCCUCACAAGCCUAUUCCUCUAAUCCAAAAUUAUGAGUUUCAAAACACCGGCAACUUGCAUGGACGUCUCAUCUAUGGAUCGGUCACCCAGCAAGGGCGAACAGUGCAACACCCGCUUUGGCAAUAUGAGAUUCGCGCAGGGGAUAGCUCAUGGGUACCUGCAUACUGUUUCACCGAGAUGGAGUUCUUUCCGGAAGACUUUACGGUCAUGAACUACUUCAUGAGCACGAACCGUGCUAGCUGGUUCACCUUUCAUGUCGUGUGCACCCGAAUCUUGCUAGACAACGGGGGCGAGAAAGUUGUGGGUGAUCUGACUCUAUUUGAUAAUAGAAUAGAGAGAACCCUGGGAGCGUCAUCUGAAGUCCUGGAAACUUUCGUCUCGGAGGAAGAACGCGUUGCAGCUCUCAAGAAAUACUUCAACAUUUCUCUUUCUCGGGCGGACCAAGAGAGUAUUCGAAAUACUAACUCCGAGAUUUAUUAG